UCCAUGGGAUCCUAUUUCCCUGUGUGUGGAAGGAAAAAAAGAGAGGCAAUUAAAAACAAAACCAAAAGCUGUAAGCUUAAAAGCUUUAUUUUGACAUUUUUCACUGCCGCACUCUAUAUCAUUUCUUCUUCACAUGAGACAUCAGUAGCAAUUGCAACAGCUAACGUUUUUGUCUUGAGCAUACCAAUGUAGAAGUGAGAAAUCAGGCCUCAGUAGAUAUGUUCAAGAACCAACUGCAAGAACUUGCACAAAGAAGUUGUUUCAACCUUCCUGCGUAUGCUUGCAUUAGAGAAGGACCUGAUCAUGCGCCAAGAUUCAAAGCUUCUGUGAACUUUAAUGGUGAGAUCUUUGAAAGUCCCAGUUACUGCACUACAUUAAGACAGGCAGAGCAUGCGGCUGCUGAAGUUGCCCUUAAUGUUUUGUCUUCAAGGGGUCCUGCAAGGUCUCUAACAGCAAGAGUUCUUGAUGAGACUGGAAUUUACAAGAACCUGCUUCAAGAAACUGCCCAUAGAGCUGGGCUUAACCUCCCUGCAUAUACCACUGUGAGAUCAGGUCCUGGUCAUGUCCCAGUUUUCACUUGUACCGUGGAGCUUGCUGGUAUGAAUUUCAAAGGUGAGCCUGCAAAGACAAAGAAACAAGCUGAGAAGAAUGCAGCUAUUGCAGCCUGGUCUGCUUUGAAAAGAAUGCCAAACUUGGAUUCUUUGAGUAGCAGAGAAACAGACACCCGUGAAGAACAAGAUCAAGCAGUUGUGGCAAGGGUACUGUCAAAUUUCAGAUCCAAAGAUGAAGCUAAACAUGCAAGAAACAGGGAUCAUAACCAAGCAAGAAGAAGGAUGGUUAGGGGGCACAGAGACAUUAUCUGUGCAUCAUCUUCCUCCACCUCAAAUAACUCUCUACAGUAUCCAUAUUGGAGGCUCCUGGAUCUGAUAUUGGAUUCUGCCUCGGAUGGUUCAACACAAAAGCAAAACUCCUCCUUUAUGUCUCUCCUUCCCCCACCCCCACCUAGAACAACUUCAAAGAUUCUACCACCAACCUCACAUAUAGACAAUCCAUCUCACUUUAUAUUAAAUAGGCCUAUUCCGCUACAAGUUAAAGGAAAAUCACAAGUUCAAGCACCUGAGAUUCCAGUUGCACUUGAAGAGCACUUAAGAGAUGAAGAAGAAUGGUUAGGCACUAAAUCAGAUGUCAUCAAGAAACCCAUUGAAAAGGAGGGCGCAAGCAAUUCAAAUCCAGGUAGUCUUUCAAGUUCUAUAUACAGGCCAUUUCCUUUCUCCAACACCGGGAAGCCAGUCACUUCCUUGCUCGAUAACACUAGCCAGCAUGAGUCAACCCACAUUAGCAGCAGAAUUUUUGGGUCUACAAAUCCAUCUCCAAUGGCAUCAAAUUCCAUCCAUACACCCUCAAAUACCCAUAUUCCUAGGCCCAUGUUCACUGGAGGGUUUAACCGUCACAGGAUUGCUCCAGCUGUUCAAAUAAGAUCAGUGAUUCCAGUUUGUGCAGCACCACCAUCACCAAUCAGACCCCCACAAUCACCAUCAGCUACAAAUGCUCCUCCUCGUCCUGCUACUACGGGAGCAGCUGAGGUAUCAAUGUUCAAAAAGACGGAGUCAAAUCAAACUCAACUGAGUUCUACUGAGUUCAAAAACAAGCUACAAUUAAGUAGUUGUAAAAAGUGAAGAUGAGAGAAAUCGUGUUUAAACCCAUAACCAAGCAUUUCUUGCGUUCAUGACUUGAUUGGUUGGUUGUUAAAACAAGAUUAGUCCUUUUUUGGCCUUUCAAAAACAAACCAUGGUUUUGUCUUAGGGGUUAAAUUUUGUACUAAUACUCCUCUGGAUUAGAUAAUUCUAUAAAGUCCAAUCCACAUUACAUUUA